GUGAACCGUGCGUGUAUGUGUGAGUUUUUAGUUCUUAUGUAUAUAAUUUCUUUGGUUAUAGUCCUUUAAAAGAAAAUUAUUGAAACACGAGGUUUCUUUGACUGUUUCGAAAUUUCGAAAGAAGAAAAAAAAAAAAAAAAAAACAUUCACAUGGAUUCUAAUUCUAGUGCAGCUGCAGAUUUUGAACAAUUAGACAGUGGAAUGGGAAGCAGUGACAUGAGAUCACCUGAAGUCAAAGCUAUUCUUCCCGAUGACGAUGAAGAUGAGGAGGAUGAAAGUUUAGCUGAGCGUCUCAUAGGGUUAACGGAAAUGUUUCCAAAGGAAGUACGAAAUUUCAGCUACAACAUGAGCUCCUGUUUGUGUUCCUGUGUUAAACAAUUUUACUCAGUUUCCUGUACUCUCACGUGGUUUUUCUUUAGUUCGUCAGCAAUUUUAGUUGCACCAAUACUCUUUGAAGUAGAGCGUGCACAAAUGGAAGAGGCUCAACGUGCACAACAAAAACAAGUUUUAUUAGGACCAAAUGCAGCAAUUUCUAGCGCAGGAACAUCAGGACUUCCAAUGGCACCACCAAUUCCACGAUAAAUUACAUUUAAUCACUAAAAAGAUAUUAAAAAAAAAAAGAAGGUGAUAUUAAUUUGCUGCCAAUUUAAAAAAAAAAGAAAAAACUCCCCCUGGAUCACAUCUUUAUUCAAAGUCUGCGUGCAAAUUAAUUUUUUUCCAAUGCAUUUUCUUUUUUUUUGUUCACUUUCAAUUGAAAGGCGAAAAAAAAAAUUGAAACAAGGAGCAAACCAAAGGAUUCUUAUUUUAUCGAGAAUUCAUAGUGGCAUUAUAUUGAUUCUUAAGCUCUAAUUUAGCGCUGACUUUUUUUUUUAGCGUAAAAAAAGAGCAAAUUACCAAGUUAGUAUUUUAAUUAAAGACAAUUUAAUAGAAAAAAUAGAUCUCAAUUUUUUUUCUUUCUCUUUUGCACAGUGAAAUUUUUUGUAGAUCACUUUAAGUAGACUCGUCAUAUAAUGAUGUGAUUUUUUUUUUUUUGAUGUCCCGAAUCAAUUGAAUUGUUUGUACGUUGUUUUGUUGUGAAAUAAAUAGAGAAUAGUAAUAAAUUCUUUUCAAGUCUA